UCCGGCGGCUGCGGCGGCUGGAGGAGGCGAGCGGCGGCGGCCCAUAGCGAGUGUCAGGGCCGGCCGAGGCCGGGGCGGGGGCUGCGGCGGGCCGGCCGGGGCGGCGCUCCUCGGCCUGUCGCUGCUCGGCCUCGUGCUGUACCUGGUGCCAGCGGUGGCUGCGCUGGCCUGGCUGGCCGUGGGGGCUACCGCGGCCUGGUGGGGACUGAGCCCCGAGCCCCGAGGUUCGCGCGCCUUGUCCUCGCUCGUUCGGAACGCGCGGCGUCGGCGAACACUGCUCGCUUCGCCUCCGACCAAGUCCGCAGUAAACGGAAAUCUUCUAGAGCCGCGAACCCUACUCGAAGGACCUGACCCUGCUGAACUGCUCCUCAUGGGCAGUUACCUGGGCAAACCUGGCCCCCCGCAGCCUGCCCCCGCUCAGGAGGGCAGGGACCUGCGAGAGAGGCUUGGCCGCCGCCCACCCGCCCGUCUCGCCCGUCCUGCCCCUCCCACCCCUCCAACCCAUCGUGUCCACCACGUUUACCCCUCUCUCCCCACUCCUUUUCUCCGAUCCUCUAGGAGGCCUUCCCACAGGGAUUGUGGGACUUUAUCAAAUCGGUUUGUAAUAACACCUCGAAGACGGUAUCCGAUCCAGCAGGCCCAAUAUUCCUUUCUGGGGGUACUUCCCACAGUGUGCUGGAAUGGUUGUCAAAAGAAGACUGUAUUAUCUGUUCGUAAUUCCAAGAUGGUGUGUAGCCCAGUGACUGUGAGGAUUGCCCCUCCCGACAGCAAAUUGACUCGUCCCACAAUACCAGAGCAGAUAAUCAGCUCAACGCUAUCGUCACCGUCAAGUAGUGCCCCAGACCCAUGUGCAAAGGAGACUGUCCUGAGUGCCCUCAAAGAGAGGAAGAAAAGGACAGUGGAGGAAGAAGACCAAAUAUUUGCUGAUAGCCAGGAAAAUAAAAGAAGGCGCCAUGAUAGCAGUGGGAGUGGACAUUCAGCAUUUGAGCCCCUUGUGGCCAAUGGAGUCCCCGCUUCUUUUGUGCCUAAGCCUGGGUCUCUGAAGAGAGGCCUCAAUUCCCAGAGCUCAGAGGACCACGUGAAUAAGAGGUCCCGUACCUCUUCUGUGAGCUCCUUGGCAAGCGCAUACACAGGUGGCAUCCCUAGCUGCAGUCGCAAUGCCAUUACCAGUUCCUACAGCUCUACUCGAGGCUUCUCACAGCUCUGGAAGAGAAGUGGCCCCAGUUCAUCACCCUUCUCUAGCCCGGCCUCAUCCCGCUCCCAGACACCGGAGAGGCCAGCAAAGAAAAUAAGAGAAGAGGAGCUUUGUCAUCAUUCCAGUUCUUCAACUCCAUUGGUGACAGACAAGGAGUCCCAGGGAGAAAGGGUUGUAGAUACAACCACAUGGAAGAAACAGAACUCCUGGAAUUCCCCAUCUACACCUGGCAGCUCUGGGCAGCGAAAGCGGAAGAUUCAGCUGCUGCCCUCCAGGCGAGGGGAACAGCUGACGUUGCCUCCACCUCCUCAGCUUGGCUAUUCAAUCACUGCCGAAGACCUCGACUUAGAAAAGAAAGCUUCAUUACAGUGGUUCAACAAGGUUUUGGAGGACAAGACCGAUGCUGCCUCAACCUCCAUCACUGAGACCCCACCAACCACCACUCAGCCUUCGUUUACUUUUACCCUGCCUGCUGCGGGGACUGCCUCCUCCCUAGCCUCCGUCCCGGCCCCAAGCACCAACCCGCUGUUAGAGAGCUUGAAGAAAAUGCAGAAUUCCCCAGGCCUCCCAUCCUUCACAGAAUCUGCUGGAGUGGUAACCACUGAGGCCCGUUCGCCUCCGAAGACACCCAGCCUUCUGGCCUCUCUUGGCUCUUCACAGUCAGGGCCCCUUCCAGGCACCUCUGCAGACUCGAAAUCCACAGUCACGUUCAUGGGGCUGGGCCCAGCUUCUUCCACAAUACCAGUCACUGACACCAAGUCGCCUCCAGCCCUCCCGGCCGAGACAUCUGCCAAGCCCCAAGCCCCGUCUGCCCCGUCCCCCACCCCCAAGCAAGGUUUUCUGUUUGGAAUGCUGAACACCCCACCUUCUAACCCUCCUUCCCCUGUCGCUCCUGCUGUGUCUUCAUCGUCUCCCAUGUUCAAGCCCAUUUUUAUGGUCCCACCUAAGAGUGAGAAGGAAGGCCCCGAGCCAUCUAGCCCUUCAGUCACGACCACAGCAUCCUCCACCUCCACUCUCCCCACAACUGCCAGCACCUCGGCCCUGACUUUCCCGCCUGUCUUUAGCAACACGGGGCUGCCUCCGUCUGUGCCAUUGUCUGCUCCCUUCUUCAAGCAGACAACUACUCCAGCCACUGCUGCAGCCACAACUGCCCCUCUCUUCACUGGCCUGGCCACUGCCACCUCUACAGUGGCCUCUACCACCACAGCCAGUACAUCUGCAGACUCUGCUUCGAAGCCUGCUUUUGGCUUUGGUGUAAACAGUGUGACCAGCACCAUGAGCAGUGUAACUAGCACCACCACUUCCACUGCACAGCCUUUCCUCUUUGGGGCGCCCCCUGCCUCCAGUGCCAGCUUUACCCCAGCUAUGGGCUCCAUAUUCCAAUUUGGCAAGCCUCCUGCCAUGCCCGUAUCAACCACAGUCACCACCUUUGGCCAGUCCCUUCCCAGUGCUGUUCAGACAGCCACCAGCAGCAGCACUGCCGGCUUUAGUGGCUUUGGCAGCACCCUGACCACCUCAGCCCCGGCCACCACAAGCCAGCCUACGCUGACGUUCAGUAACACAACCACGCCAGCAUUCAACAUUCCCUUUGGCUCAAGCACCAAGCCUCCUCUCCCAUCAUAUCCAGGAGCCAACCCCCAGCCCACAUUUGGGGCCACCGAUGGGCAGCCACAGGGGGCCACCAAGGCAGCCCUUGCCCCAAGCUUUGGCAGCUCUUUCACAUUUGGAAACUCUGCAGCCCCGGCCCCAGCUGCGACUCCAGCGCCAACCCCAGCCCAGCCAGCCUUUGGCAGCACUGCACAUUCAGCUUUUGGUGGUUUGAAAACCACAGCCUCUGCCUUUGGCACACCUGCCAGCACUCAGCCAGCCUUUGGUAGCACCACAGCUGUUUUCUCCUUUGGUGCAGCCACCACCUCUGGCUUUGGAGCUACAACACAAACCACCAGCAGUGGGACCAGUAGCUCAGUGUUUGGCAGCACAACUCCAUCGCCCUUCACGUUUGGGGCAUCAGCAGCCCCGGCUGGCAGUGGGGGCUUUGGGAUCAACGUGGCUACCCCAGGCACCAGCUCCGCCUCUGGAGCCUUUAGCUUUGGAGCUGGACAGAGUGGGACCACAGGCACCACCACCCCCUUUGGUGGGAGCUUAAGUCAGAACACCCUGGGCACACCCAGCCAGAGUACACCCUUUGCCUUCAGUGUGCCCAGCCCACCUGAGAACAAACCUGUGUUUGGAGGCACCUCCACUCCCACCUUUGGUCAGAACACCCCUACUCCUGGAGUGGGCACAUCGGGCAGCACCCUCUCCUUCGGGGGGUCAUCAACACCCACCCAAGGCUUUGUUGGAGUCGGACCCUUCGGAUCAGCGGCCCCUUCGUUUUCCAUUGGUGCGGGAUCCAAGACCCCAGGGGCUCGACAGCGACUGCAGGCCCGAAGGCAGCACACCCGCAAAAAAUAGCCUUUGUCCCUUGACCCUGUUCCCCCCACCCCUUUCCCAAAUCUGGACCUUGGCACCUGCUAGGAAGAGCCUUUGACCUUGAGUUCCAUAAAGCAAAUCUGCCCCAGAUCUCUGGCUUCAGCCACCAGCAGGGUAGUGGUGGCCCUGGUGCCCUUUGCCUGUUCCUGGAGGAAGCACCAGCCUCAGGGAGGGGGAGGCCGGGUCUGGCAGGGCAGAGCCCAAAACCUUUACUUGAACAGUCCCGCUGGUGAGGCUGGAGAACUAAGGAAACAUCUGUACAUACCGUUCACUCGCUUCCCUGCCUCUUGCUGUGUGUGACCGUAGUCAGGCGGCCUCCCUUUCCGCCUUGGCCUGAGAGCCACCUUUGCUGGAGGGUGUAAGCUGCAGCCCGCUUGGAUCUCUGGUGUGCAUUCGAUGGGAUCGGGGGAAAUCGAUUAUCCCUAAAGCUUUUCCUUGCUUGGCUUGGCUAUAAAAAGUGGUUCUCCUCCUCGGGUCCCUUUAGGGGACUCUUUCCCCAUUUCUUGCUGCUUUGUCCCUCACUGGUUCCUUGCAGGAUUUAAUCCUUUUUAAAUGAUCUUGAAUCUAGCUUUGCCUUGGAGACCCCAGUGGGUGCUGCUCCUGCCGUUUUCCUCCUGCCAGUUCUGAGUCAAUGUUUCAUCUCCAGUCCUCUCUGCCAGUUUGGCCCCUAAAAGCUUGGUGGCUCAAGACUGUUAGCCUGGCAGAGCCAGGGGUGAGAUACCUCGCUCCAGGAGGGAAAAGCUCUUGGAGCAGGCAGGACGCCCACCGCUGCUUUCAGCUCCCUCCUCCCCCCACACCCAUUGGCCUCAUCGGGCCCUUGUCUGCCUCUCCGGGAUUGUAUGUUUCGAGCCUUGUCCUGUGUUACUGUCUGAUGCUCACGUCUAUCGCUCUUUGAAUCGAGUUUGGAGGAAGAAUUGAAUUGUAUGAGUGGCGGCAUGUUGGUAGUGCCGGACUUAACUGUUUCAAGUUUUCUGGGGCCUAGCUAAUUGAAUGUGGAAAGUAGCACCACUUUAUGGCUACAAGUGCUGACUCCUGAAUUUUCAAAUGGUGUUUUGACUUUAAGGGCUGGCAGCCCAGGAGGGUGGGGCCCGGGGGAAGCAAGACCUUUCCUCUGUAUCUCUCCUUACCUACCUGACCUCACUGGAGGCUGCAUCACCCAUAACAUCUGUUAGGAAACCUAAUUAAUGACCCAUACUUUACUACUUUGAGGUCGUAUCUUAGUUAUUUUUCCCUGUCAGGGCCCUUGCCAAUCCAUCAUCCAUCCUCUUUUCUUCCUUUGUUCUACAACCACACACCCCAGGCCCAAGAGCCUUGCUGCCAUGCCCAUCCUCUUCGGGAGAAGUAUGAAUGCGUGUGUCUAAAUUAAAAGAAAAAAUAUUUAAACAUUUUUUAACAAAAUAAAAAUUUAUUUUUGUAUUUAAGCUAAAUUGCCUUUUAAAUUCCUUCAAGCUUGGUUCAUCGAGGUGGUUAAGUAUAAACGCUAUUGACUAGAAAUUAGCUGUAUAGUAAGUUAUGCCUGUGUGAAGAGGAGGCUCAUGUGCUGUCCCAGGCAGCUUUCCUGAGGGACUAGAGCUCCUUCUGGACACGUUAUAUAAAACGUAAUUCUUAUUUUAUAAAUAAUGUGAUGUAGAUGUAACUCGUCCCCCUCCCCCUUUAGUGACUGAGGUUGAAUGUUUUGUGGCUGGGGACUGCUCCUCCCCACCCCUCAGAAGAGCUCUGAAGUCCGACAUGUUAAUACUUGGCUGCGUGUGGAGCUGAGGAAGGAGCCUGAACCUCAAGUCCCAAAUACCUGUUAGGAUUGGAGGGGUGGGGGUGGGGCGCGGGUAUAGAGAUCAAGCUUCUACCUAUACCUUACGUAAGGUAGAUCCUCUUAGUUUAAGUACUCUGAGCUAGUUUACCUCAGUUCCACAGGCAGGACAGUUGGCCCAGGAACCCCUGAAGGAGGGCGUCCUGGCACAGCGUGAGUGAGAGUGUGUAUGUGUACGCGCACUGGACAGGAACGGGAGGCUGGGACUUUCCAUUACAAAUAAAGACUUAAUUCCUGUUGAGUCUAGUUGGAGUUUUUAGUAUGAAUGUGAG